UUAAGGUAGAUAGUGAAAGGCAUCUUGAGAGAAUCAGAUAAGGGGCCAAGAGAAUUCAGAAAAGGAACUGGAUUAAUUCUGACUGAGAGCAUCAAGGAAUGUUCAUGGAAAAGAUAGUGUUUUAACUGGAGCUUGAAGCUAUGGGUGAGGGUGUAUAGAAUGGAAACAUUCAGAAUCUACUUUAAGACAAAUAUUUGCCUCUAUUUCAGUGUAGUUGAGUUACACAUUCAAUUAUGUGUUACUUAGAGAAAAUGCCUAUACACUAUAUACACACAUAUGUAUGUAUAUAUAUGGAGAGAGAUUCGUAUGUUUAGUACAUGUAGCAAUUUAGAAAUAGAUGUACAUUUUAAGUAAUAUACACAACCUUGGAGGGUCUUUGAACCCCAUCAUAGGAUGUUUAAUAGCAUCCCUGGCCUCCAUCCACUAGAUCUCAAUAGCAUACCCUCAGGUGUGACAACAAAAAUGUCUCUAGACAUUGCCAAACGUCCACCCCCAAGGGGCAAAACAGCCCUUAGUUAAGAACCACUGGUUUAUACAGUUGAUCCUUGAACAAUGUGUUAGGGGUUCCAAACCCUGUGGAGUUGAAAAUCCUCCAAUAACUUUUGACUUCCCACAAAUUUAACUACUAAUAGCUUAGUCUUGAUUGGAAACCUUACCUGUAACAUGAUCAAUCAAUUGACACAUAUUUUGCCAUGACUUAUGUAUUAUACACCAUAUUCUUACAGUAAAGUAAGGUAGAGAAAAGAAAAAUGUUAUUAAGAAAAUCAUAGGGAAAACACAUUUACAGUAUUGUACUGUACUUACGAGAAAAAUUCCACCUAUAGGACGUCCCGUGCAGUUCAAAGCUGUGUUGUUCAAAGGUCAGCUGCACAAGCUAAACCUCCCCUGUACUGAGUGGAUAAGAAUUCUCAGGUUCAUGACCUGGAUUUUUAUUUUUGGGUCCCUUCUUCAAUGGUUCUUAACUUUGUUUAAAGUUUAUUUAUUCUAUUUAUUUUAAGUUAUCUCUACACCCAACAUGGGACUUGAACUCAGGACCCCAAGAUUAAGUAAGAGUCGCAUGCUCUUUCCACUGAGUCAGCCAGGCACUCCUUAACCUUAAGAAUCAAGUAAAUUUUUGAACAUCUGUUGAGAGCUGUUGACUCAUUCAUCAGGAAAAUGUACAUGCUCACACCAUGUGGAAUACAAUUACAGGGAAUUUACACUAGGAUUCUCCCCAGAGGAGUUUUGUUUCCUGGAGCUUAGAGAAUUGUCAUGGUCCGUAUUUUCCAGCUAAGCAACUGAAGGCUGGUGUCCAGAAGGUCCAUAGUCUCUUUUGGCGUCUCUUCUGUAUUUACUUCAGAACAUUGAUAAUCAGGGAAGAAUCUUCCUGUUUACCCAACUCUCCCCUCCUUCAUCUUCACCUACAUUAGUCAGUGAGAUUCAUCCCAGCAGGAGACAGAACGCUGCUGAGGGAGGAUAGAUCCCCCUGCCCCUCACUUCUUUCUAGUCUCCUUUCCUGUGGAGUCCAGCUGAUUCCUUCCGUAAUUGCCCAGCUGACUGAGAAGAAAGAUAGAACCAAAGAGUCAGCAGGGUAAGAAAGCCAGCCCCCUGGACACUUGGUUUUGAUUGUGAAAUGUAACACACACAGGCACAGACAGAGAGAAAAGUGCAUUCACAAUGUAUCUAAAAUUUAUGAAUAAACUAUGAACUCUCUAUAACCACCACCCACUGAGUACUUCCGAAGAAACACUUUCUAGAAAUACAGAGUGUUAUUAAAUACAAAACUGGCCACUGCUCCCUUCCUCCUCCCCCACCCGGAGCAGUAUGAGAGCUGUGUCCCGGCUGUGGAACUUCUUCAUUCACACAACCUAGGAGCCAAGGUCAGCGCUCCAAGCAGUCGUGUUUUCCACGCAGGGCGGGGCUCUGCUCUCCUGUAACAAGUUUCCCUCUCCCAGCCCCUGACCUCGCGGCCCGCGUUAGCAAUCGCGAGGUGAGCGACGAUCCCACUGGCCCUUACGUGACAACCAGUAGGAAGAAUCUCGGCCUUCCCGGUUCGGGAAAGGGAAAGAAUGCGGGAGGAGUAGCCUUUCUUUCCCAGUAGGAUAGGUGGAGAAAGCCGCUGCCUCUGUGUCCCUCUUUUCGACUAAGGUGUCUGUCUCUGUUGUUCCAUAAAUAAAACGUCUCACUGCCUUCUGCGAGCGCUAUAAAGGCAGCGGAACGGCUGUCCCCGGGGGCAUUCCGGGCGGGCCACCAGCCGAAACAGGUGAGCUGGCCGCUGAGGAUGCAGCUUACCUCCCCCAGCUCUGGCUUAACUCCCGGGAGGCAUCGCUAGCCGCAGAUGGGACUAGUGUGGGGACCCGGAGCGGGCGGGCAGGGGGCAGUACAGCCUUCUUUCUGAGAAGCUGAGAGCGAGAAGGAGGCUAGCAAAACAGGCCCGGGCAAGAGGUCUGCUCCACCUGUCCAAAGUUCUGCCCGGGGGAGAACUGCGACCCGCGGCUGGAAUUUGCCUGCAGUGCACCUAGCCUCGGGCGCCGGGGAACGUGGCCUGAGGUUUCCACGCCCGGCCUGGGGGCCAGUGCUUCUCUCCUGGUGCGCGCCUGGGGCUGUGCCCUGGGUCGGGUGCGACGCGAGAGGAGCGCUCCCAGGGUCCCCUUACGUCCCCGCACACGGUCGGGCUCCAGCUGGGAUUUGGGGAGAUUUCAGGACGCGGACAGCGCCCUGGCUGCCCGCGGGUGGGGACUGGGUCUAGCUGCGGAAGACCCCAAGGCGGGCCUCACCCUCUUCAGAGUCCGGGAGCCCCGGGCAGCAGGUGCAGGCUACCGGACCCUAAGGUCCUCACGUGCCCCGGUGCAGCCGGGUGGUGCGCGCCCGGGGGCGGCGGCCUGGAGCGCCCGGGACGGCGGCGCGCGGACCAGGCGCUCCGGGAUCGGCUGCAACAGGUGGGGCCAGGCGACAGCUAACGGGCGGUCGCCUCUUCCUGUCUCUUCCUCUUCGCCUCCUCUCCCUCCUUCCCCGCUCCAUCUCCUCCCUCCACGUCGUCCUCCGCCUCGCAGGUCAUGGAAGCGCCCGGCAGCAGGUUGGAGCCGCCACCGCUCCCGGAGUACAGCUGCAGUUACGUGGUGUCGCGGCCGGUCUACAGCGAGCUCGCCUUCCAGCAGCAGUACGAGCGGCGCCUGCAGGAGCGCAAGACGCUGCGGGACAGCCUGGCCAAGGGCUGCAGUUGUUCCAGAAAGAGAGGCCUUGGUGUGCUGAAGACUCUCCUGCCUGUCUUGGACUGGCUCCCCAAGUACCGAAUCAAGGAAUGGCUGCUUAGUGACAUCAUUUCGGGAGUUAGUACUGGGCUAGUGGGCACGCUGCAAGGCAUGGCGUACGCUCUGCUAGCUGCAGUCCCUGUUGGAUAUGGUCUCUACUCUGCUUUUUUCCCUAUCCUGACAUAUUUUAUCUUUGGAACAUCAAGGCACAUCUCAGUUGGGCCGUUCCCAGUGGUCAGUUUAAUGGUGGGAUCUGUUGUGCUGAGCAUGGCCCCGGAUGAACACUUUCGCAUACCCAGCAGUAAUGGCACCGCCUUCAAUACCACGGUGAUAGACUAUGUGGCCAGAGAUACGGCAAGAGUAUUGAUUGCAAGCACCCUUACUCUUUUGGUUGGAAUCAUACAGUUGAUAUUUGGAGGUUUGCAGAUUGGAUUCAUCGUGAGGUACCUGGCAGAUCCUUUGGUUGGUGGAUUCACAACAGCUGCGGCCUUCCAAGUGCUGGUCUCACAGCUGAAGAUCGUUCUCAAUGUUUCCACCAGAAACUAUAAUGGCAUUCUCUCCAUUAUCUACACUCUGAUUGAGAUUUUCCAGAAUAUUGGCAACACCAAUCUUGCUGAUUUCAUUGCUGGAUUACUCACCAUCAUCAUCUGUAUGGCGGUUAAGGAAGUGAAUGAUCGAUUUAAGCACAAAAUUCCAGUCCCUAUUCCUAUAGAAGUAAUUGUGACAAUUAUUGCUACUGCCAUUUCAUAUGGAGCCAACCUGGAAAAAAAUUACAAUGCUGGCAUUGUGAAAUCCAUCCCAAGGGGGUUUUUGCCCCCCAUACUUCCACCUGUGAGCCUGUUUUCUGAGAUGCUGGCUGCCUCGUUUUCCAUCGCCGUGGUGGCUUAUGCUAUUGCAGUGUCUGUGGGAAAGGUUUACGCCAUCAAGUAUGAUUACACCAUCGAUGGGAACCAGGAAUUCAUUGCCUUUGGGAUCAGCAACAUCUUCUCAGGAUUCUUCUCUUCUUUUGUUGCCACCACCGCCCUGUCCCGCACGGCCGUCCAGGAAAGCACUGGGGGAAAGACCCAGAUUGCCGGCAUCAUCUCAGCUGGGAUUGUGAUGAUCGCCAUUGUCGCCCUGGGGAAGCUGCUGGAACCUUUGCAGAAGUCGGUCUUGGCCGCCGUUGUCAUUGCCAACCUGAAAGGGAUGUUCAUGCAGGUGUGUGACAUUCCUCGUCUGUGGAGACAGAAUAAGAUCGAUGCUGUUAUCUGGGUGUUUACGUGCAUAGCAUCCAUCAUUCUGGGGCUGGACCUCGGUUUACUGGCUGGCCUCAUGUUUGGACUGCUCACUGUGGUCCUGAGAGUUCAAUUUCCCUCUUGGAAUGGCCUUGGAAGCAUUCCUAGCACUGACGUUUACAAAAGUACCAAGACUUACAAAAAUAUUGAAGAACUCGAAGGAGUGAAGAUUCUUAGAUUUUCUAGUCCUAUUUUUUAUGGCAACGUUGAUGGUUUUAAAAAAUGUAUCAAGUCCACAGUUGGAUUUGAUGCCAUUAGAGUAUAUAAUAAGAGGCUGAAAGCACUGAGGAAAAUACAGAAACUCAUCAAAAAAGGACAAUUAAGAGCAACAAAGAAUGGCAUUAUAAGGGAUGCUGGUUCAUCAAAUAAUGCUUUUGAGCCUGACGAAGAUAUUGAAGAUCCAGAAGACCUUGAUAUCCCAACCAAGGAAAUAGAAAUUCAAGUGGAUUGGAACUCUGAGCUUCCAGUCAAAGUGAAUGUUCCCAAAGUGCCAAUCCAUAGCCUCGUGCUUGACUGUGGAGCUGUGUCUUUCUUGGAUGUUGUUGGAGUGAGAUCACUGCGAAUGAUUGUCAAAGAAUUUCACAGAAUUGAUGUAAAUGUGUACUUUGCAUCCCUUCAAGAUCAUCUGAUAGAAAAAUUGGAGAAGUGUGAUUUCUUUAAUGAUAACAUUAGAAAGGACAUAUUCUUCUUGACCGUCCAUGAUGCUGUCCUCCAUCUACAGAACCAGGUUAAAUCUCGAGAGGGUCAAGAUUCCAUUUUAGAAACGAUUACUCUCAUCCAAGACUGUAAAGAUCCUCUUGAAUUAAUGGAAGCAGAGCUGAUUGAAGAAGAACUUGAUGUCCAGGAUGAGGCUAUGCGUAGUCUUGCUUCCUGAAAGCCAGCUCAGGAGAUUGCUAUAAGCAAGAACUGCAAGGCAAAAUUCACCCACCGAUGUCAUUCUAUGCAAACAUUUUCUGCAUUGACUAUUUCUUUGGACUUGAAACACUCAUUCUCUUUCCAUUUGAUGUUUUAACCUCUUCAAUUUUUUUUAACCUCUUAACCAAUGAAAGAGAACCAUUAAGAAUUUUUUAAAAGGCUUUAUUCAUAAAAUAAAUAGCCUACCUCUAAAAUGUGCAAAAUGGUGAGGAGAAUUAUCCAGGUGAUUUAGCCAUGUCCAGAUCUGCUGAUGUUAUGCUGCUGUUCCCCGCCCCGCCCCGCCCCACAACAGAUUUGCUAACAGUGUUCUCGUGGAUACUGGUGUACCUCUGUUUAGUUGGGCUAAGUGUGCCCCAACAGUCUCUGUAGGCAGGUAAAUCAGGAAGGAUUAUCCUAAAGGGAAAUCCAUUUCUGACUGACCUUGAUACCCAUGAGCUGCACUGGUCACACUGUAGGGCUACACUGAAUAAAUGCAGAAAUUUAAUUAUUAACACAUUUAUCAAGAAAAGUCUUCAAAAAUCACUUUUAGUAAAUACAUCAACAAAGUUUUUAAAAUACAAACUUAGUACUUAAUAAUCAGUGUGAUUACAUGUGACCAGAUAUGUAACCAGAGUUCAAAAUUAAAGAAAAAAGAAAAAAAAGGUUCACUUAAAAGCUACAGAACCAGGCUGAUCUAUU